GCUAUACAUCACCAGGUGCUUAGUUUUAUCAAAGCAGAGGACUUUUAACAGGCGUCACAAGCCAUAAUGUCGGGAAGAAGCUUUCAGGGACUGAAGGAACAGGCUGAAUCUGCAGCAAAAGAUGCUGCAAACAGCCUGGGACAGGCCACUCAGGAUUCAGUCAACCAGAUUACAGAUGCAAGCCAGAAAGCUAUUGACAAGGCUGCCAAGAUGGCACAAGAUGGAGUAGAAAAAGCGACUGGACAAGCUGCAGAAGCAAUGUCUGGCUUUGGGAAAAAAUGUGGCUUUAAAAAAUGAUGCUAAUUUAAGUUAACAGUAUUGCAUGUAUAAAUCUCUCUUUGGUUUGCAAUUCCCUCCUCCUUUGUGUAGAAAAAUGAAAGCUGUUUGAUAUCUGGAUAAUUUUUCUCUCUUCAAAUGCAAAAUUCUAAGAUGGAAGGUCCCCCUCAUCUUUCACAGAGAAAAAAAUGUAUCUUUUAGCACAUCUGCUCACAAUCAUCAACAUGGCUCAAAGGGAUUCAGCAAUGUUGUUGCCCUGCUCUUACAACAGCACGAUUAUUGCCACAUUUGCUGAGUGUAUUUACAAAGCCAGUGAAACUGUUCAUACUUCAGGACAACAGAACAUUCAUAUGAUGAAACUGAGUUUUUCUUCCAGUAAUCAAAAGUUAAGCUGGGGCUGUAUUUCUUGUCAGUUGUUUGUUUGUUC